GCCUACAAUAGGCAUAGCGAGAAUGGCCGAGUAGUUACGAUUGUCCCAAAAGGUGAAGCAGCCAGUGUUUGUCUUCACAUGGUAAAGUUUGCACACGGACCGAAAAUUACGAUGUGUUCCUCAAAACUAUGUUUUGUAUGUCUAUCACUAUUUUUGCUGUCCUUUUUACCUGAACAAAGAAGUUGUAAAGAAACUGAGCAAAACAAAUUGUAUGAUAAAGUCAUCCCCAAACCUAUCAAACCAAACGAAGAAACACUGAAACAGAUCAUUCCUCAGAACUCAAGUAAUACGUCAGAACACGAGAGACUUGUAAAGAGGCAAUAUUUUAUUUCUAAGUUAUUUGAAGAUUUUGGUAAUGAAAAAGGUGUGUUGACACAUGAUGGACUGGACAAAAUGUUAACACAGUUAGGUUUUAAAGUUGACCAUGUUGAUAAAGAUCAUGAUCACAGCGAAGACCAUCAUCACAAUCACUUUGAAAAUGAGCACAAACAUUCAGAAGAGGAAGAUCAGACUCCCAGGAAUAAAGAUAAAAGAUAUUUGAAAAUUAUUUCAAAAAAUGAAAGUUCUGUUAAAGAAGAAUACAAUGUUGACAGUAUGUUACAUGAGUAUGGAUAUACAGCUGGUAUAACAAGGAACCAGUUUGUUAACUUUUGUCCUGGGUUUCUGUUCAUGUUGAUGGGUUUAGAGCAUGCUGAUGAACAUGAUCACAAUGGAAUUCACCAACAUCUGAAUACAUCAGAGAGUAGCUACCGUCUCCCAAAAGUAUGGGGAUUCAGCUGUCUGUCAGUGACUGUCAUCAGUUUAGUAGGACUACUUGGUGUAACUGUUAUUCCUAUCAUGCAGAAAGUGUUCUAUAAUCACCUGUUACAGUUUUUAGUAGCGUUAGCUGUUGGAGCCCUCUCUGGGGAUGCUAUGUUACAUCUCAUUCCUCAUGCAUUCGAAAGUGGACAUUCCUCGCAUGGUGAACAUGAUCACCAUGACAACUCACAGCAUAUGUCAUCUGUAUUGAAAGGGUUGUGUGGACUUUUAGGAAUCUAUUUCUUUUUUCUGAUAGAAAGACUCUUGACAAUACAUACACAAGAAAAACAGAAAAGAAAAAAGGGUAAAUCUAAAAACACAAAUAACAAGACAGUAUGUAGUAAGGAACAACACACCAGUUUUAUAGGACAAACGAGAAAAAUCAAUCAACCUGAUUGUGAAGAUAUGAUAAUGGGCAUUCAUCCUGGACACAAAGCUUUGAAGAAUUAUGCUGAAGAAUCUCACAAUGCAGACUGUCACAAGCUGGAUGAUAUGAGUGAUGAAGACAAUCAUGUCAACUGCAAGAAGCCUACAGAAGAGGAAGAGCCAACGCUAGUACUAAGUCAUUCGCAUGGUGGUCAUGGUCAUAGCCACUGUCACAAAGUACCCAAGACAGUGGCUGCUAUUGCUUGGAUGGUCAUUAUUGGUGAUGGAAUCCACAACUUUUCUGAUGGUUUAGCUAUAGGUGCAGCUUUUGCAGAUAGUUUAACAGGAGGAUUGAGUACAACUAUUGCUAUAUUCUGUCAUGAACUACCUCAUGAAAUAGGUGAUUUCGCUGUUUUAUUAAGAGCAGGGAUGACUGUUAAACAAGCCCUGGUAUAUAACUGUGUAUCAUCUGUCCUUGCCUUCAUGGGUAUGAGUAUUGGUAUUUUCAUUGGUAAUAUAGAUGGUGCUAGUCUAUGGAUUUUUGUUGGAGUAGCUGGCAUGUUCCUGUACAUUGCUUUAGUUGAUAUGCUUCCACAGGUGUCGGAUGUAGAUACAAAGAAGGGAGAGCAUCCGCUGUGUCAUCUAUUGUUACAGAUGUCAGGAAUGUUGUUAGGAGGAGGAAUAAUGUUUCUCGUUGCUAUAUUUGAACAGGAUAUGAAGAAUAUCUUCUGAUAUGAAUCAGCUGAUCAAACUAUAAGAUAGUGCUUCCACAAACUGGUAACCUAAAAGAAUGACUGAUGAUGUAGUAUGUGUAGGAGGUUUAAUAUUACAGUAGAAAGUGGAAAUAGUUAUUGAUUUCCAUUAAACCAAUUUAAGAAAUCCUUUGUAAACAGAUGAAAUCUCUAGAAUUUUUUUCUUUUAUUUGGUGUAUCUUUUUUCUAGACAGUAUACUUAUUAUGGACUUGUAUUAAAUGAAAUUGAACAAUGGUCUUCGUUGAAUAGAAGUGGUUCAUAAUAUUGCUUUCAUCUAUAUGUGCAUUUAUAUUUUAUUUUCGUUUCACCUCAACAAAUUUGAAGAAAUGAGAAUUUUAGCCUACUGUUUCCUGUUCCUCAGGCCUCGUGAACGAUUUGUAUAAGUUUGUGAUUAGGUCAGUUUAAACAUGUUAAAGGAAACUAGUAAUGGUAUGUCAAUGAUAUUUGGUAGUUGCAUACGAAUCCCAUUUCCAUGGAGAUUAUUUGGCCCACCUUCUCAGUCAUGGUUUAUUGACCUUAAAACUUUUGAUUAGUUUAUAUGUAAAGGUUUGUAAUUAGGUCAGUUCCAGAUGAACCACUAAUAGUAAGUCAAAGUUUUUUGGUAUGCAUUAGCAAAUCUCAUUUCCAUGGAGAUAUAUGCCCCUGCUCAGUCAUGUUGCAAUGACUUUUGAACUUUUGCAGUUUUAACAUUUGUGAUAAGUUAAGUUUUAAGGGGAAUUUUAAUGAUCUGUCAAUGAUAUUUGAUAUGCAGCUGUAUUAGCAUUGCCAUAUUUCAUUUUCACAGCAAUGUUUGGCUCAGCACCUCCAGUCAUGGUUCAUUGACUUUGAAUGUUUUUGAUUGUUUACAUGUUAAAUAUUGCCAUUUUUAUUUCAAAUUUGCAUUUUACUGUCAAAAUUUAUACAUCAUGUACAUACAGAUGAGACAUUUAUAUGUGUGAACAGUUUUAUUAAGUAUACCUUCACAGUUCCCAGUUAAGGAGUUUAAAAAAAUACAUUAGAAAAAUAUUUAAUUUAUGUCCAGGUCAAUUGGUGGCUCUACAUGUAACUAUAAUUGGGAUUGGAAUGACAAAGGAAAUGGAGAAUAAGUGACAAGUCUAAAAUUAGUUUAUACUUAUUUAAAAAAUAUCUGUUUAUUUCUUCUUUAAGGUGUGUUUUUUUGGGGGGGAGGGGUAAGGGGUUGGAUGCUACCUGCAAAAGGAAACUUCAUUUUAACUUGCAGAAAAACCGUUUGUAUUAAAUGUUUAUAAAAAUGAUUAUGCAAUUAUUUUUUAAGAUGAAAUGUUAUAUUAGAAUUGUUUUUGAAAUCUUGUCCAUGUAUUCAAAGUUAUAUGGUAUGGAUUUAAAAGAUGUUUAAUAAUGAGAUUAAAGAAUUUGUAGACUUCUAUGUUGUGAUGUUAUACUAUUGUUUCAGAAAAAGGGAGAAGGUUUGGUACCAUUAAAACGUUUAAUCCCGCUGCAAAUUUUUGCAACUGUCCUAAGUCAGGAAUCUGAUGUACAGUAGUUGUCGUCUGUUUAUGUAGUAGUUCAUACAUGUUUCUCGUUUUUAUAUAGAUUACACCGUUGGUUUUCCCGUUUGAAUGGUUUUACACUAGUAAUUUUUGGGGCCCUUUAUAGCUUGCUGUUCAGUGUGAGCCAAUGCUCCGUGUUGAAGGUCGUACCUUGACCUAUAAUGGUUUACUUUUAUAAAUUGUUACUUGGAUGGAGAGUUGUCUCAUUGGCACUCAUACCACAUCUUCCUUUAUCUAUUGAAAUGUUCAAUUCUAAGUAUUCUUAUUUCAUUAAUGUUAUAUUAUUUUUUAUUGACUUUAAAUGCAUUGAUGUUUUAAACAUCUUAUAUUUUGUGGACCAUUUUUUGCAUAUUGGUUAAAGGUAUCAUUUAGGUGGUUGUAUAAUAUCAAAGAUGUCCUUUUACAAUAUUUGUUCUGUAGAUACCUGUUAGAUGACAAUGAUUACAGACUACAGUAUCCUUUCCCCUCUCAUACAGCCAGUUCUUAGUAGUGUGAUGUAGCCUUGUGAUAGAGAUGAUCUCUUGUGAGGUUUCAAUUACCGAAAAAAUACUGCCUAUAGGAACAAUUCAUUUUGCAUGAUAACAUGUGCCCCCCUCAAGUUGGGUCUUAUUGGGGGAGGACAACCUUUCAGUAACAUGCUUUUUUAUAAGAAUUGUAAUUAUUCCCCUUGCUACAAAGUACAGAAAGGGUAUAUAGUUUUUGUCCCGUCCAUGCCUCAGUCAGUAAUUUUCAUUUCAGACACUUUUUUACCGGAUUUUCGAAGUAAAAAUUGGUCAUUGAUUUGGGGAUGUACGGCGGGCGGGCAGACGGUGGGCUGCCAAACAGUGUCUCUUCAAUAACAUGAAAACCCUUUGACAAAAUUAUUUCAAAUUUAGAUAUGUUGUUUCCUGCAACUAAAUGAGAGUCUGGUUCAAUUUUCACGAUUUUUGCUUUUCUUGUUUGAGAGUUAUUGCCCUUUUUAAUAUCGAUAAGUGGUAUUUUUUUGUGAUUGAGUUAUUUUCCUUUGAACAGAAAUUGUUAAUUAUAUACUUUAAGUUUGAUUACACUAAGCCUUUAUAGAUAAUUUUCACCUGUUUAUAUGUCCUGUUAUCAGUUUACUAAACAUAUGGUUAAUGUCUUAUCCUGAGUGAAAGAUUUAUUUGAGAAUUUUCUGUUUUCUAAAUGUUGAUGAUUAAAAGUUUUAUAGGAGUAAAUAUAGUUAGAAAUUUACUGUUCAUUAUUAGACAUUUUGAAGUUAAUUACAGAUAAGUUUUAUCGAUUUUUAAAAGACAUUGUAUUAACAUGAUUAAUGAUAAAUAAAAUUUUUGAUUUUUUUUUCUUUUCUUUGGUAAAUUGUAAAUUGUUUGUUAUUCUGUAAAAACUAAUUUUCUGAAUGCUAUGUAUAUUUUUUUGAUUAGGUGAACUCCUUUCAAAACUUAGCUUAUAUUAUCUAUUAAUAAACAUAUAUUUAGAUUUCUGAUUUUGGGCCCAGUUUUCAAGAUGGUCCAAAUCAGGGUCCAAAAUUAAACUGUGUUUGAUUUGAACAUAAAUUGAAUAUAUAUAGGGUUCUUUGAAAUGCUGAAUCUAAACCUGUAUUUAUUUUUAUUAUUAGUUAGAUAAUACUGUGCAUAUCUAAUUUUAUAGAACUUAGUCAUCACUUCACUGGUUUAUUGAUUAUAAUCAUAUCUAUUUAUCCAGUUUGAGUUAUUUCCCUUUGCACAGAAAAUAUAUGGAUAAAAUCAAAUUGUGUUUCAAUUCAACUUAAAUUAAAUAUAUAUAGGGUUCUUUCAAAUUCUGAAUCUAAACCUGUAUUUAAAUAUUAGAUUUUUGGGCCCAGUUUUCAAGUUGGUCCAAAUCAGGGUCCAAAAUUAAACUUUGUUUGAUUCACAAAAAUUUGAAUUUAUGUGGUUCCUUGAAAUGCUGAAUCUUGCCAUGUAUUGAGAGAUUUUGGAUUGUGAGCUCCUUUAUCAAAUUGGUCCACAUUGUGGUCCAAAGGGUCCUAAAUUAAACUUUUGUUUGAUUUCAUCAAAAAUUGAAUUUUUGGAGUUCUUUGAUAUGCUGAUUCUGACAAUGUACUUAGAUUUUGGAUAUUGGACCAUAAUAGGUAAAUGUCCAAUUUCAAAUAUUUCAGUUCUUUGACCACAUUCAUUUUGCGUCACAAACCUAUGCUGUGUCAAAAAUUCAACCAUAAUCCAAAUUCAGAGCAGUUUUAAGCUUAAAUGUAGUGUCCAUACUUGCUCAACUGUUCAGGGUUCGACUUCUGCAGGAAAAUCAGGUUUGCUGUCACUCUGAGCAUAAAUAUAAGCAUGUUAUGCAAUUGCAAUCAUGCUUAUAUUUAUGCUCACAUAUAAUAAGAGGAGGAUCUCAUUGAUUUUAAGGUAAUUACCUCAAAGGUCAAGGUAUCAAUUAUUAAAAAUAGACCAAAAUUUGUGCAAAAACCGUUCCUAAUGCUCACUGAAAUAGUUUAAAAACCAUUCCUAAUGCUCACUGAAAUAGUUUAUAUCAGAUUGCAACCAUACGUCAAUUUAUGCUCACAUAUAUAAUGAGAGAUAUGAAUUCUAGAGGUGUUGACCCUUAACAUGAUAAAGGUAAUAAUUAAUUCACUUUAUACAUGGAUUAGUUUUCAUCAUUUUGUGUUUCCCUUAAAGCCUCUGAUCAAUACAUGUAAAAAGACAAAUUAAGUACAGCUAUAAUAUAACAUUAGUGUUUGAAUUGUAGUGCCGAAAAAAAAAUCUGGUGACCCAUUGCCAUUAUUUUGUGUUAAACCAUCAUUCAUUGUUAACUUUACAGCUUGCCAAGCCCUAAAGGCUAAUGUGACACAUUGUUAUGAUUUUGUGUUCAACCAUUAUAUAUGAUAAAGCCCAUAGGGUUAGUAGGAGGUAUUGUUUUCACUUUGUGUUCAGCAAUCAUUUAUUGCUAAUAUAAAAAAAUCUAUUUAUUCUGCAAUUGGAUACAUUGGUACCACCUAUGUGGUCCAAAUGUUGGUUCAUUUAUUUUUUUAUCAAAUCAAGUUUAUUGAUUUGGUUAAAGUUUUUCUCAAUAAGAGUUAUAAUUACAAUCCUUUGUAUAUCUCAAUUUGUGUACAGUUUUACAGCUAUACAAGUCAAAGACCAGUUACUGUUAAUUAUCAGUUACCAUCAUCUAGCAUUUAAUGUAAUGACAGCUCACUGUGCAAAUAAGGCAAAGUGCUGUUAUCUUCAUACAUGUUAUUUUUCAUUAUAAAAAGUCUCUUUCAAUUGAUCCCUAUAGAGCAGGAAAAGUUUUCUGUUUUUUAAAGCCUAGUGGUGAGACAUGAAUGAGGCAACAUGACAUCCUCGAAUAUUUGUGAAAGCAAUUUUUAAGCUUGAUUAAGAAUAAAAAAAUUGAUUUAAAAGAAUUAAAAGAAAAAGUUUUUAAAUUUCAAAAUAAGACAAUUUUUAUUUCAACUAAUGAUAAUCUUUUGAUUUGGAGAAGAAAGAAGAAAUUCUGAAUUUAUGGCUGGAAUGACAAUGUGUUUGGUUCAUUUGACAUACCUUAUUCUCUUCUUGCUAUGUAAAUUCAGAAUAUGACAUUUAUGUCCUAUAUAAAUAGUAAUUUUACUCAUUUAAUGGCUUGACUCAUUAGUGACAGUAAAUGAUGUUUUUUAUAGAAUAGCACACAAAGAUCAAAAUGCUAGCAACACACUUGUGUUUGCUGGUAAAGAUUUAAGUCUCAGUUUAUUGUGCUAGACCUACCUUUUGCAACCUUUCAGUUGUUACAAUAUUUUCAUCCAGACUUCCUGUUAAACAAUUUAAGAAAUGCUGUGAAUUUCUGACAGCGACUGGUACUAGACCAGAAACUAUGCUUACAAAAAAAAAAUGUAUAUGUUAGGAAAUCUAGAUCUGGUGUGACCUAAAUACUCAACAUUUAAUUCAUUGAGCGCUUAUUUGGACUGCCAAUUUAUUGUAUUCCAUUUAAGGAAUGACUGUAAUAUUUUUUCUGUCUAUGAAGAAAUAACAUCAAAAAUGUGGUGCACACUGAAUAACCUGUGUAACGGGUUAUUUUAAAGUGUGCACCACAUUUUUUAUGUUAUUUUGAAUAGACAGAAACAAUAUUACAGUCAUUUCUUAUAAUUUAAUUCUAAAUUCCAUUUUAAACCGGAGUAAACCAUGAAAUAACGUUGAUGACGACACGGUCACAUGACAAAAUUAUGUCUAUGAGCUGAUAAACAAAACAACGUCAGCCAAUCAGAAGACGCGUUACAUCCAAAAUUAAACUAUUUAUGAAGAACAUAUCACUUUAUUUUAUCUUCAUAAUGUAAUAGGGUUGAGAAUAAAGUUUUUUGAAGAUAUUUUUGUGUUUAUUGUACAUGCACCUGUGUGGUUUAUUUUUAGAUAUCAUAAUUGAUCAAAUGUAUCAAAUUCUUAAUAAAUUUUAUACAUCUACAGUUAAUUAUAACCGUAGUGUAUAUUUGAACUUGAA